CUCAGCAUCUACUGUGAUUGCACGAUCCGCCGUAGUCGACCGAGUCGACGGUCUCGUCGUUGAAUGUCCGUGUAAUUACAACGAUCCGUCAUCAUGCCGUCGGUUCGCAGGAUGAUCCUGGGCCAUGUUAUGUCCGGCUUAUACAACAAGAUGUGCCGUCGGAAGAAGCUGGAGGGCGAUUUGCUCGAAACCCCGAUGAAGAGGUGUCUUUCCACCUUUGACAUCACGAUGCUCGGCGUGGGUCAUAUGGUCGGUGCCGGAAUUUAUGUACUAACGGGAACGGUUGCGCACGAUACUGCUGGACCCGGAGUGAUCUUUAGCUUUCUUGUGGCUGGCUUCGCUUCCGUUUUGGCUGCGCUUUGUUACGCCGAGUUAGCUGCCCGAGUGCCGAAGGCGGGUAGCGCGUAUGUCUAUACUUACGUCUCCGUUGGCGAAUUUUGGGCCUUUAUUGUAGGAUGGAACCUCAUCUUGGAGCAUAUGAUCGGCGCGGCGUCUGUGGCGAGGGCUUGGAGCGGAUAUGUGGAUUCAUUGAUAGGUGGUGCGAUUAGCAAUUAUACUCGCGAUGUGAUGGGUGGCUGGACUAUGGGAGAACCACUGGGCACUAUCCCGGAUAUUCUAGCUAGCGGAUUAUGUCUGGCUUACGCGAUGCUUUUGGGAUUAGGAGUGAAGACCUCAGCGACAGUGAACUCAUUACUGACUAUCAUCAAUCUCGUGGUGAUGGCACUGGUCGUCGUUCUGGGUAUUUAUUACGCGGACAUUACGAAUUGGAGCAGCCAGAACGGUGGUCUUUUGCCAUAUGGAUUCGGCGGCAUAAUCACAGGUGCAGCAACGUGUUUCUACGCCUACGUCGGUUUCGAUUCGAUCGCGACUUCUGGAGAGGAGGCUCGCGAUCCAGGACGGAGUAUUCCGUUGGCGACGAUACUCUCGAUGGCGAUAGUAACUGUUGGAUACAUGCUGGUCAGCGGCGCUCUGACUCUGGUCGUACCAUAUUGGGAGAUUAAUCCUACCGCCGCUCUUCCGGAAGCUUUUUCAUCCAGAGGAAUUCCAUGGGCUAAAUAUGUAAUAAGUGUGGGUGCUCUUUGCGGAAUGACAACGACUCUAUUCGGAUCUCUGUUUUCCCUUCCAAGGACAAUGUACUCCAUGGCAAACGACGGUCUGUUAUUCGGCUUUCUCGGUCGUAUCAGCGAGCGCACGCAAGUGCCGGUGUGCAAUUUGAUCAUAAGUGGACUGCUCAGUGCCUUAAUUGCUUUACUAUUCGAUCUCCAGCAUCUGGUAGAGUUUAUGUCGAUCGGAACUUUGCUCGCGUAUACUAUCGUGGCAAUUAGCGUUGUCUUGCUGAGAUAUCUACCCGACCAACAACUUUCCGAUCAAUCUAACGUCGUUACACCAAGCAGUGGUUGCUCCUCGCCACCUACGGAGGAAGCAGAUUCCAGUAGCAUCGCAUCUAUCAAAUCUGAACUGCUGUAUGAAGAAUCCGGCAGAUUUAAGCCGCGAUACGCUUGGAUAGAGGAAUGGCUAGAGGAUUACGAUACUCGACAUGUCAUAACCGCUUGUCUAAUUAUCUAUACAAUAGCCUGCGCCUUUCUCGGUGCUUUUACGAUGGUAGCAUUCGAAGUAACAGUCCCGUUCACAUUAGGCGAUUAUCUCUUUGCAGCGACCUAUCUUCCAUUACCUAUUGGGAGUCUUUUCCUAAUUGGCGCUCACAGGCAAAAUCCACCCACUGGGAAAUUCCGAGUGCCGCUAGUACCUUUCGUACCUGCGUUAAGCAUUCUCUUCAAUGUGAGCUUGAUAAUGCACCUAUCGUCAAUGACAUGGUUACGAUUUUUCGUAUGGAUGUCGUUUGGAAUGGCAAUCUAUUUUCUAUACGGGAUUCAUUAUAGUAAAGAAGCCGCCGCUACUCCAAACUCAUAUUCCGUUUUAAUGGCCACCUCAGAAGCUGAAAAAGGCACAAAGUGGGGAUCUACGUUACGAGUUAGUCCAAAGAAUGACAAAAUACCUAUUCUGAAUGACAAGGAACGUGUUGACUAGAAAUAAGUUAUACAUUUUUAUCAAUUGUUUUCCUUACCUAGCUCGCCAGUGGAGUCGUGGAAGUAGCUUGAAAUUUAAAACUGAAAUAAUGUUUAAGCUGUUAACAACAACAGACUGUACGUAAGAUUGUUAUGCAAUGCGAAUUAUAUAAUACAGUCAAUGAAAUACAAAA